UGGAGACAGUUGUGAAAGCUGUGAAGGUAAACCUAACUCUAUUCGUAUACACGUUCAAGUUUCCAGCCCUGUUGAAAAUAAACCAAUCCACGCUAGAGAGAGAAGGAAAAACUUUAGUCGGUGGCAAUGAUUGUUUAGGUCAAUUUUAAAGCAAUUUUAAAGAUGACUGUUAAAUUAUGGGCUGUGGUCGCUAUAGCGGCCCUCAUGCCUCAUGUCUUAUACUGUGCAUCUCCAGGCAAAAAAACAAAGUCUGUCACAACUUUGAUUAACUCCAAGUGGGAGGCUACUCCAUUCACCCUUGAGAUUGCUGAAUACUUAGCCGAAGAAAAUAAAGACAGUUUGUGGAACUUUAUUGACGAAGUUAGCGCUCUCUCUCCACCAUUAGUUGAUUUAGGAACUGAUCAACAAAUUUAUGAAAAGGCACUUGCUGUAGGAAGCCGAUUUAUAUCUAGUUCUCAAUCUCAGCUUCUGAAGCUUGCUUUGUCUCUUCAUAUUUAUGCUCCAAAAAUUGAAAUGUAUUCUCAAAUGGCUAAAGAGCAUGGUGUUGUAGACAAGGGUUGUCCCUGUGCCGUUCUGUUAAAUGGGAGACUCAUAUGUCAUCCUUCACAGCUGGAAGAGAGCAUUGCCAACGAAUUGGAGUCUACAAACAAGGUACCCAGUGAAUCAUUUAGAGUGGAUCAUCAUUAUCCUGGAUCAGAAAACCGUAGUUUGGUUGCAGUCUUAUAUGGUGAGAUCGGCACAUACGAAUUCGCCCAGUUUCAUAAAGUUCUCAAAACGCAAGCUUCAGAAGGAAAACUUGGAUAUAUCCUGCGGCACUAUGUCAAGGAGAGGCCCAACCGCAAACUAAGACUGUCAGGCUAUGGCGUUGAACUUCAAAUGAAAUCUACUGAGUACAAGGCCCAAGAUGAUACAGAAGUGAAAGGAGGUGCAGAAGGUGAUGGUUCUCAGGAGGAAAAAGAAGAUGAAGAAAUAGAGGGAUUUAAUUUUAAUGUUUUAAAAUCUUUGUACCCUGAUAAAAUUGAGAACCUAGACAAGUUUAGGCAGGGACUAAUUGAAUCAAGUAAUGAAAUGGCCCCCCUCAAAGCUUGGCAGUUUCAAGAGCUGAGCUUGCAAGCCGCUGAAAGGAUCAUGAGCUCAUCAAAAGAUGAAGCUCUUCAUGUUCUAACUCACAUUGCUCAAAAUUUUCCUCUUCAGGCACGCACACUUGUUAGAACUGUUGUCAAUCCAGAACUCAAAAAAGAAAUGAAACAAAAUCAAGAUCUUUUCUCCACAUCUCUAAAUCUUCAACCUCAAGAUACUGCAAUAUUUGUAAAUGGAAUGUUCUUUGAUCUGGAUGUUGUUGAUGUCAUUUCUCUCCUUGAAAUUAUUCGACAGGAGCAACGUCUCAUGCAGGGUCUUCAUACUAUAGGGGUGUCUGAUAAGAAAAUGAAUGCUCUAAUGUCCUUGGAUCUCUCCUCUGGACUUGGAGGUAACACAGAGUAUGGCAUUGACAUUCGUGACUCAGCUGUAUUUUGGGUUAAUGACAUAGAAAAUGACAAAGCCUACAAACGAUGGCCAUCACCACUUAGAGAUCUGUUGAGACCAACAUUCCCGGGAAUGCUACGAAGCAUCCGGAGAAAUCUCUUCAAUUUAGUUAUUAUUGCUGAUCCAUCCAAGUUGAAUUCAUUCUCAAUUUUGAAGUUAGCUGAAUCUUUUAUUCACCAUCAAUCUCCUUUGCAUAUUGGAAUAGUACUUGCUACUUCUCCAGAUUCAAAACAAACCGGUCUUACAGAUGCUAGUGUUGCUCUUCUGAAUGGAUACAACUAUGCUGUUGAAAACGGGUCUCCAAGUGAUGGGCUUAGUUUCCUUACUGAUGUUUAUGCUGCAAUCAAAACUGAAAAUAGAGAUGUGAAGGUGGAAGAUGUUCACAAAAAAUUGAAAUCAAAGUACAAGGGCGUUGACCUAGAAGAUGUAUUCGGUGCUGACUCAGAUUACAACACUGGACGAAAGUUGGCUAGGGAAUUUGUUGAGCGAAGUGGGUUCCGUAAUCUACCUCAGGCUCUGAUGAAUGGAAUUCCUUUAUCAGAUAAAAUGCUUACUGCAGAUGAAUUUGAAGAGGCUGUACUCAGCGAAAUAAUGUCUCAGACACCCAUCUAUCAGAAAGCUGUUUACAAAGGUGAACUUCGUGAUAGCGAUAAUGUAAUUGACUUUAUUAUGGAGAGACCAAAUAUAAUGCCGAGGUUGAAUGAAAGAAUUCUAAACUCCGAAAAUAAUCGUCAAAUUGAUUUAAUGAGAACUGUGACUAGCGUGGAAGAGUCAAUAUCUCCUCCUGUCUUUUCAUUAUUGGGAUCAUCUGAUCAGUCUGCACUUAUGGUUUCUACUAUGCGUUACUUCUCCCCUCGUAAACAGAGUAAAACCUAUUUCCUCACUAACUGGAUUGUAGCUGAUCUAACAAGCUCUUGUGCUAAAGGUAGAAAUCUGCUCCAGUCUGCCUUGAAACAGAUGAAGAGUAGUGGUGCUGUGAGAGUUGGACUGAUUGUUAAUCCAAUCGAAGGAAAGAGUAAUGAUCUUCUUAAUCGCAUUGCUCUAGCUGCAUUAAAGGUGUUGUCCCCUGAUGAAGCCACGACAUUCAUGUUGAAACUUUUGGAUAGUAAGGAAGUAAUUCAACAGUUAUUAGCAGGUGAAAAGAAGCUCUCUGCCCUUGGUUUAACUGGUAUUAAUGUAGCAGCUGUUGAAACAGCGGCCGAUACUAAACCAAUCAAAGAUAAUAUCAAGAGGCACAUAAUGUAUGUGGAGCGGACAUUGGGACUGAACAGUGGGGACACAGCAGUUGUUAGCAACGGACGUGUAUUAGGUCCUUUAGAAACUACUGAAACAUUCACCGUUGAUGAUUUUUCUCUAUUGGAAAGGCACAGUUUUUCUACUCAUAUUGAGAAGAUUAAAAGUGCCCUCCAGCCCUCUCCAUCUGCCUCAUUCUUUGAUGAAGAUGAUAUUGAAGAUACAACGGAACUCACCAGUGAUGUUGCUUUGAGAAUAGUCAGCCUUCUCGUCUCUCAUCCUCAAACAAGGUCACGCUUUGAGAUUCCAACAUUUACCACUGAUCACAGUGUCAUUAAUAUCCCAGCCUCAAGGCCAAAAGAACCAGCCAUUCGUAUUGAUGUCAUUGUGGAUCCAGUAUCCCGUGGAGCCCAGCGAAUUGGACCAAUCCUUACUACUUUCCAGACUGCUUUAAAUUGUCACAUUAGAGUGUUUUUAAAUUCAGUUGAAAAGAACAGCGACAUGCCUUUGAAGAGCUUCUAUCGAUUUGUUUUGGAACCUGAACUUCAAUUUACCCCUGAAGGACAACUAACUGCAGGCCCCAUAGCACGCUUCACAAAUCUUCCUGAAGCUCCACUCCUCACUCAAAAUUUGCAAGUUCCCGAAAAUUGGCUUGUUGAGUCUGUUGCAAGUCCUUAUGAUCUUGACAAUAUAAGACUUGAGGAUGUUGUUGGAAAUGUUCACAGUGAAUAUGAAUUGGAGUACUUACUACUGGAAGGUCAUUGCUUUGAAGCCAUGACUGGCAAUCCUCCUAGGGGAUUACAGAUUACUCUAGGAACAGAGAAAGAGCCUGUGAAAGUCGAUACAAUUGUCAUGGCAAAUUUGGGAUACUUUCAGUUAAAGGCUAACCCUGGAGCCUGGGUAUUACGAUUACGACAAGGACGCUCUGCUGAUCUGUUUGAUAUUGUCAGUCAUGAUGGAUCUGAUACACCACCAAAUUCUACUGAUAUCAAAGUAGUUAUCAGCUCUUUCCGGAGUCAUGUUCUUAAACUGCGUGUUCAAAAGAAACCUGACAAGAUGAAUAUUGACUUAUUGUCAGAGGAUGACGAUGCCAAUAAUCCUGGCAUUUGGAACUCAAUCACUAGUACUUUUGGCAGUAACCCCAAACAAGGAGAAGAAGAACCUGAAGAAAAACUUAACAUAUUUUCCGUUGCUUCAGGCCACUUAUAUGAACGCUUUCUUCGUAUUAUGAUGCUUAGUGUGUUGAAACAGACCAAAACUCCAGUCAAGUUUUGGUUCCUCAAGAACUAUCUUUCUCCUACUUUUAAGGACUUCUUACCUCACAUGGCUCGUGAAUUUGGCUUUGAAUAUGAGUUAGUUCAGUAUAAAUGGCCACGCUGGUUGCAUCAGCAAACUGAAAAACAAAGAAUUAUUUGGGGUUACAAGAUUUUGUUCCUUGAUGUCCUUUUCCCUCUUGAUGUGAAGAAAUUCAUCUUUGUUGAUGCAGAUCAGGUUGUACGGGCUGAUUUGAAAGAACUUCAUGAUCUUGAUUUGGGCGGUGCUCCAUAUGGUUACACACCAUUCUGUGAGAGCCGGAAGGAAAUGGAUGGGUUUAGGUUCUGGAAACAAGGAUACUGGCGAAGUCAUUUGCAGGGGCGCCGGUACCACAUUAGUGCCCUGUAUGUUGUUGACCUAAAACGGUUCCGUCGCAUAGCAGCAGGAGAUCGUUUGAGAGGACAGUAUCAAGCUCUCAGUCAGGAUCCCAACAGUUUAUCAAAUUUAGAUCAGGAUCUUCCAAACAACAUGAUCCACCAGGUAUCUAUCAAGUCACUUCCACAAGAAUGGCUGUGGUGUGAAACAUGGUGUGAUGAUGCUUCCAAGCAAAAUGCUAAAACUAUUGAUUUGUGCAACAAUCCCCUCACCAAAGAGGCCAAACUUACUGCAGCCAUGAGAAUUCUACCUGAAUGGAAAGGCUAUGAUGAACAAAUUAAAAAACUUCAACAGAAAGUUGAAAGUGAAGCCUUAGACGCCCAUUCAGAAUUCCACCAUAGUCAACCUAGCAAAUUGUCAAAUAAUGGUCAUCUAGAAAAACACACUGAAUUAUGAUGGAAUUUAAGCAGCUAAGACUAGGAACUCUUCACACCUGAUUUAUCACCAAGAAAUAUUUUGCCCAUGAAUUGUAGGUACGAAACUUGAUAAAAUGUUAGCUAGAGAUGUGGCAACACUCUAGUCAUCUCACAUUGAUUCAAGCUUUAUAAAAAAAGAAAACUGAAACUGCUACUUUGUCUUGUCUGAAUAAUAAAAUCUACAAAAAUUCUUGCUAAUGGAAGAACUAUACAUAUUUCUCAUCUUUUCGGAUGGAAGUUACUUAUUCUUAGACCAAUCUGCAAACCGAAAUGUUAAUUUUACUUUACCUGUCAUAUUUAGUUUAGAGACUUUUGUUUCACCUUGCUUUUGUUGUUCCUGUAUAUUGACUUUUAUCUCAAGAAUUUUGACUAUCAAACACUUCUAUAAACAUCUAUGGUGUGUGCCAUUUUGUCAUCUUGUUGAAGUAGGAAACUCGUGAUAUUAGCUCUGUUCUGUCUUUAUUACUGUCUAAAUCAGACAAUUAGUUACGUACUUUUAAAAAAAACUUUUUUUGUCUCUUAAAAUUUCUAGAUAGUUUACAUAAUGUAAAUAGAAAUGCAACUGUAAACUUAUUGUUUUCACCAUGUUUUGCUUCUCAUCUUUUAUUUAAGGCUCAUUCUUGUUGCUCAUCAGGUGUGUGUGUGUGUGUGCUGCGGGAAUUUUAUCUUACAGUGAAAAAUGAAAUUUAUUAACAGUUUGUGUAGUCUAGGUAAUUAGAACCAAUCAUCCGUAUGGUAAGUUUGCUACAACUCUAUUAGUCAGAGUUUUUUUUUUCUUUUUACUUAUAAAUCCCUUACUUCCUCUGCCUUUUGAGUUUGAGUUUUCUUUUAAUUUGCACUUUAUUCUGAGUACUGUGCGCCCACUGUUUAUAUGGUUCUGUAAAUGUCUCUUAUCUUACAAAAUCUCCAAAUUACAUUUAAUUGUAAUUUAUUUUCUUAUCUGCAGAAUAUUUUGAUUGUGAUGCACGUAAUUUUACCUGUGCCUGAUGAUUUGUGAUACAAUAUAUGUUACAACUAGUUUGAUUGUUCAUGGUAAUACACUGUUGAGGAUUUUAAGGCUCAGACUUAAGAUGAUUGAUUAUUCCAACUCAUGACUGAUGUGAUGAUGUGAGAAAGUAUUUCUAUUGUGAUUUUACUGAUAAAUAAAAGGCGAAAGAAUCGUAGUUUUCUGAA